UGAGCCCGACGGGCUGGGAGGGCGGAAGCUUGCGCCGGCCACGUCCCGUGAGGAGCCGCGCGCUCGGUGGCGGGAACGGACGGGACCCGCUCCGCUCCCUCUGGGGCCGGUGCCUUUGCCCCGGCGUUCCGCGGCUCCUUGGGUAUCUUUUGGCUUGUUACAAAGAGCAGCUAUGGAGAAGUGGAGCUUAAUGACAAUUACUGUUUUACUAGCACUUACUGUACGUUGGACUGUGUCACUUGGUUCUUAUUCAGGUGCAGGAAAACCACCUAUGUAUGGAGACUAUGAAGCUCAGAGACACUGGCAAGAAGUUACUUACAAUUUACCCAUCAGGCAGUGGUACUUCAAUACAAGUGAUAACAACCUACUGUACUGGGGUCUUGAUUACCCACCUCUUACUGCCUACCACAGUUUUCUGUGUGCUUACAUUGCAAAGUUAAUAAAUCCUGAUUGGAUUGCUCUGCACACAUCUCGGGGGUAUGAGAGCCAACCGCAUAAGUUAUUUAUGCGUACAACAGUGUUUGUUGCUGAUUUGCUGGUUUAUAUUCCUGCAGUUAUUUUAUAUUGUUUUUCCUUGAAAGAAACAUCUACUAAAAAGAAGGUUUCCAGUGCUCUCUGCAUACUGCUUUAUCCAGGCCUCAUUCUUAUUGACCAUGGACACUUCCAGUAUCCUUAAACCAUAUACAACUCAGUGAGCCUUGGCUUUGCCUUGUGGGCUGUACUUUGUUUGUCGUAUGACUGGGACCUUUUGGGGUCAGUGGCGUUUUGCUUGGCCUUAAAUUAUAAGCAGAUGGAACUCUACCAUUCUCUGCCCUUUUUUUGCUAUUUACUUGGAAAAUGUUUUAAGAAGGGACUAAAAGGAAAGGGGUUAGUAUUGUUAAUGAAAAUAGCAGGGACAGUGGUGGCUUCCUUUGCUGUCUGCUGGCUCCCGUUCUGUACCGACAUGGAGCAAAUCAUGCAAGUACUCAGAAGACUCUUUCCCAUUCACCGAGGCUUGUUUGAGGAUAAAGUCGCCAAUGUCUGGUGCAGUCUAAGUCUCCUUAUAAAGAUAAAAAAUAUAGUAUCAUCUCAAACUCAACUAAAACUCAGCUUUGCUGUAACAUUCCUGAGCCUGCUUCCUACUUGCAUAAAGCUAACUGUCCAGCCUUCACUCCGAGGAUUUAAAUUUGCAUUGGUUAGUUGUGCAUUGUCAUUUUUCCUGUUCUCCUAUCAAGUACAUGAAAAAUCUAUUCUUCUAGCAUCACUACCAGUCUGCUUAAUCAUAAAUGAAAUCCCUUUUAUGGCUACAUGGUUUUUACUUGUAUCAACUUUUAGUAUGUUGCCUCUUCUCCUAAAAGAUGGCCUCCUGCUGGCCUACACUGUGACAAUGCUGGCAUUCCUGUCUGUCUGCGUGGCUUCCUUUUCCAUAUUUGAGAAGACUUCAGCAGAGGACCUGCAGCUGAAGCAAUUCUCCCUUUCCUUGAAGGGAUAUGUUUCUUGGUUUAAAUCAUUUCCCAAGAUUGUCAGGAGUCUGUUCCUUCUUUCCAUAACUCUGAUGGGCAUCCUGUCUCUAAUGAGUGCUGUAGUGCAUCCUCCGCAGAGGUUACCGGAUUUAUUCCCUGUAACUGUCUCUGUUAUUUCUUGUUUACACUUUUUAUUAUUUUUGGUGUAUUUCAAUGUUGUUAUACUCUGGGACUCAAAGAACAGUAGAAGUCAGAAGAAAAUCAGUUAAUCAAUCUGUGAAGAUAAGGACUAAACUGUGAAAGGAGAGUAUGUUCAGUGAACGCUGUCUGGCAUUGCAGGUAAACCUGUUUGUGUUGUAAUACAAUUCCUGUAACCUAGGGAAAACCAGGAAACGCAGUAUGCAUAUUUAAACACAAAAUAAUAAAAGACUAUUUCAAAGAAGUAAGUAGUAUGUUGAAGGGCACUUGGAAAUGUGAUUUGGUGUGUUCUCUUCAGAAGUGUAAUACUUUUGUUACCGUUUGUAAACUUAAAACACCUAAUAAAG